AUGACUCCUUCACUACAAGACGCAAAAAUCACCUUCCUCGGUGGCGGCAACAUGGCCGCCGCCAUCAUCGGUGGUCUCCUCGCAAAGAACAUCUCCAAGCAGAACAUCUACGUCUCCGAGCCCUGGGACGUGAACCGCAACAAGAUGGCCGAGCUGGGCGUGCGCACCACCGCCGACAACAAGGAGGCCGCUGCUAAUUCCGACGUCGUCAUCCUCGCUGUCAAGCCUCAGGUUGCCAAGGGUGUGUGCGAGGAGCUCAGCGCUGCGUGGGCCGGACGGGAUAGUCUACCUGUCGUUAUCUCCAUCGCUGCUGGCAUCACCCUUGCUAGCAUCGCACAGUGGUUCAAGGGCGAUAGCGGCAAGGCGCCCGCUAUUGUUCGCGUCAUGCCCAACACGCCUGCUCUGGUCGGCGAGGGCGCGUCUGGACUUUUCGCUGCUGAGGAUGUGACCGAUGCUGAGAAGGAGUUGACGUCUGCUCUGCUGGGAAGUGUCAGCAAGGCCACUGAGUGGGUUGACAAGGAGGAACUCCUCGACGUUGUCACUGGCAUCUCAGGUUCCGGCCCCGCCUACUUCUUCGCCUUUGUUGAGCAUCUCAUCUCCAGCGGUAUCGGCCUUGGUCUUUCCGAGGAGCAGGCCACCCGCCUCGCCAAGCAGACCUGCUUCGGCGCCGGCAAGAUGCUUGUUGAGUCUUCCGAGGAGCCAUCUCAGCUGCGAAAGAACGUCACCAGCCCCAACGGUACUACCCACGCUGCUCUUGUGAGCUUUGAGAACUCUGGGCUGAAGGAGAUUGUCGACAAGGCUGUCAAGGCUGCUGCUGAUCGUGCUCAAGAGCUUGGAAAGAACUAG